UAGCCAAAUUAAGAGCAGAAUUGUGUUCUUUGUCCUUGAGCUCUCUCUCCUCGCGCCCUUCUCUUAGAGAGAGAGAGAGAGAGAGAGAGAGAGGACGGAUUUCUUUAGUUAUUGCUCCACCAUUACGAACGAUAUCAUCUCCAAUCUCCAUAUCUCUAAUAUCUUCCUUGAUUCUCUCUCCCUUGGUCGCUGCAAUUAAUAAGCUUGGAAAGCCGCCACUACCAAUACCGGAGACCGUUUCUGUCGUCAUCGGCAGCUAUAAAACACCAAGACACAGAUUAACGGUCCAGUCACGACGCUUUCGUCCCCACUGGAAACGUAUAAUUCGCUGAUCGGUUUUCGAAUUAGGGUUCCUGGCUGCAUGAAUCAUCGUCUCACCUCAUUCGGAUUAUAACAGAAACGGUCUUCUCAACGGAGUUUCGAUCUCGUAGGGUUAGGGUUAGGAAUAGGGAAUCAUCGCAGAUGGAACCGUCUCUUGGAAAUUCGGAUGCCUACAGGGUUUCCUCGUUGAGUAGCAGCAACUCCUCGAGAAGAUACGGAAUGCAAUUAUCUGCAUCCAAUUUUUUCCAUUCCCCUGUGACUACGUUGUUGGAGUACUCGGGUAUUCUUCGAACAAGGUCGAGUCACCCCGAAUCCGAUAGCUUUUUAAACAGAAGCCCCUCAUUCAGCUUCCAGGAUCACGUUCGGAACGAUCCUGCUGUGACCACCAGCAACGGCGGGGAGGUUUCUAUUAGGAUUAUUGGCGCUGGCGAACAAGACCAUGAUCGGGUUGGAACUGUUCUGCCUUAUUCGAAUGCACAGAAUGAAGUACAUGUCCAGCCUAUGGGUAGAACGAUGUCAGCCACAUCGAUUUCGGCAGCAUUGGAGGGUCAUGGAGAUUCCAGGAAUGAUCACGGGACUGAAGAGAGUGUUCCGCAAUCACUCAAUGGAGGAGGUGUUGAUGGUGGGGAGGCUGUGGAUGGGGGUGGGGCCAGCAUUAGGGAUUCUCCUUAUCAGAGAUAUGACAUACAGCAGGCUGCCAGGUGGAUUGAGCAGGUCCUUCCGUUCUCUUUGCUUCUCUUAGUCGUUUUCAUUCGGCAGCACUUGCAAGGUUUUUUUGUUACAAUUUGGAUUGCUGCAGUGAUGUUCAAGUCGAAUGAAAUUCUACGGAAGCAAACAGCUCUGAAGGGGGAGAGGAAAAUAUAUGUCCUCAUUGGCAUCUCUUUUGUGUUCUUGAACCAUGUGAUUGGUCUGUACUGGUGGUAUCGGAAUGAUGAUCUUCUAUAUCCAUUGAUCAUGCUUCCUCCAAAAGCCAUACCACCCUUUUGGCAUGCUAUCUUCAUCAUUAUGGUGAAUGACACGUUGGUUCGUCAAGCAGCGAUGAUUCUCAAGUGUAUCCUACUAAUGUACUUCAAAAAUAGCAGGGGCCGGAAUUACCGUAAGCAGGGUCAACUGCUAACUUUGGUUGAGUAUCUGCUUUUGUUGUACCGUGCCUUGCUCCCAGCUCCAGUCUGGUAUCGUUUCUUCUUGAACAAAGAAUAUGGGAGCCUUUUUUCAUCGUUAAUGACUGGGCUGUACCUGACUUUCAAGCUCACAUCUGUGGUUGAGAAGGUCCAAUCCUUCUUUGCUGCUUUGAAGGCAUUGUCUCGCAGAGAGAUUCAUUAUGGUGCUUAUGCGACGUCGGAGCAGGUCAGUGCUGCAGGUGAUCUGUGUGCUAUUUGCCAGGAAAAAAUGCAUGCCCCAAUCUUACUACGUUGUAAACACAUAUUCUGUGAAGACUGCGUAUCAGAAUGGUUCGAGAGGGAAAGAACAUGCCCGCUAUGCAGGGCUUUGGUGAAACCUGCAGAUCUUAGGUCAUUUGGCGAUGGAUCAACUAGUCUGUUUUUCCAGUUAUUCUAAAAUCAAACUGGUUUCGAUGCCCAGGGAGGUUUUAUCUUCUUUGGAGCUUAAAAAGCAGCAGCCUCCUUAUCAGGCCAUCCAUACGUAAAAUUUACAUAAUCUCGCCCAGAUUUGUUCGAGUCGCUGGAGAAAACUGCACUGGCUAUAUGUACAUAUGGUGUAUUGAAAUCACUGUGCAUGUAAUGGGCUUUGACCUAUAGAAGCAAACUUUGAGGUCUAAUGUAAAAUUCACUUUCCAUUUUUUCCAUGAAUGAAAGGUCUUGAGGUAGUGACAUAA